UCUAAUCUUUUAUCGGGUGCUUACCCUCCAAAUCAAAAGGAUUGGCAGUGGGGUAACAAAUCGGACGCAUCGUUAGGUCUCGUAUGGCAGCCGUUCCCAAUCGAGACAUACAUGCCAAAGGACCAAGAUCUCGUAUUGAAUAGUGGCAAGGAUUGCAAAAUUGUUGACCAAGAGUUGGAUAAAAUAUUCAACAGAAGUGAUGUAAAAGAGUUUGUAAAACGAAACCAAGAGUUAUAUAAGAAUAUGAGUCAUAUUGUGGGCAAAACUAUAGACUUCAUUGAUAAGGCAAGUGGUGUGCACGGGGUACUGGAUAUUGAAAUGUCAUACAAUCACUACUGGACUCAUGUGUGGACUAAAGCACAAGAGGAACAGAUAGUCAAACAGUUAUACGAAUCGCAUAUUGAGGCAUACCGUUUAAGAGGGGACAGUCCUAUCAUUCAACGUCUAAGAGCCGGUGGUUUAGUAAAGGAAAUCAACAAAAACUUUGAAAGAGUGUUGAAUAAUACAAAUACAAAGAAAGAAAGUCAAUAA